CUACUUAAAGAUUUCUUCGCCGUUAAAAAUAGGUGAAAUGUUGAAAUCUGGGAAAAUUGGAGGAAUUGAGGAAUAAUAAUAAUAAUAACUUAUUCAGAAAUUCCCCCCUUUUUUUCGCAUUGUUUUCGCAUUUCUGUGUUGAGAUUCGAUCUACUAUUUUUUGUUUGCAUAGAAUUUUUAAAAUAUGGAAUACCGCUGGCCGAUGGCGCAGCCUAUUGCUAACGGGCGGCUCGGUCAUGGCCCCCAUCGCGCUCGCGCCAAAGAACUGCCAGAUCUUGAUAUGAAUUUUUCUUGUUGGUUAUUUUUUUCUUCUUCUUUUUUUGUUGUUGCCUUUCACAAGUAGUCGGCAAAGUCUUCGUUUGCCUUUGUUAAGCAAACGACAGAAUGGGCAGCAGCAAGAGAACGAGGCGGAACUUUUGGUCAUCCGCCGCCCGGGAUGCGGAUGGAUGCGGAGACCAGCCGCCGAACUAAGUGAACAACCCCAAAAAGGAAACAGUGGAUCGAUUGUUUGUUUGUUUUUUCCUUCUUUGUAUGAAGAAGCUUUUGUAGCGGCCUCGCCUCUGCCAAGUUGCGAUGAGUUGUCGACAACUCCUCGCUGCGCGCUACUUGAACAGCUACAAACCUACAAGCAAAGUCUCUUGUAAUAAUAAAAACAUUUCGACGAAAUGCAAGUGAAUCACGACGCUUGUGUGUGUUUGACUAGUCGUGCCUUAUUUCCAGAUGAUGUUAGAAAUAAAAAAAAGAAACGCUAUCCUUUGAUUCUUCCCAGUCACAUAAUUUCUGUUUAUUUGAUAGUUAAUUCUUGAUGGCAAGAGUUUUCGGUUGGUUAGAGUGUGGUGAAGACGAGGUGAAGGCUGGCGGGCCCAAUAUGGAAAGGAAUUAGGGAACCGGUGACAACUUUGAAAACGGGGAAAAAUGGGACCUCGUUGCGGUUGUGUUAUUCAGCUCCUCUUCAAUUCAGCCCGUCCCUGUCCCCAAAAGAACUUGUUUAUUUUUUAUUAAUUCCGUGUAUUUUUCUUUUUUCUGUUUAAAUUUUCUGUUUUAAUGAUUUGUGUGUCCUGGGUGGUUCAUCUUUUUCUCUAUGGAGAAUCGUCAAGUUCGUAUGUAAAAAUACAUAGGAAGAGAUUACGGACAUCAGAAACUCAGUCGAGCAACGGCCAAUUGUUCGGCGUGAAAAAAAUCCAAGUCAGCUCACGUCGUAUAAUGCUGGAAAACGGGCCGUUCAAGUUGGCCAGGCACACACGCUCACGACCGGACAACUGACCAGAUACAAAAAAAAAUUGACAUUUUAUUUCAUUUUAUUUUUCUUUUUGUCUUGUGGCUUAAUAAUUCGCGUGCCACCACUACCACCACCACCACCAACCGCCACCAGUUGAUACGCCCAGUCAGUGGCGUUGCGUAGAUCAUCUGCAAGGCGUUCCUAACUUAUUUUUGUUUUCCCCUUCCUACCCAUUCCAGUCUGUAGAGGUAUUUAACCAGAAUUCACGGGAAUUGCGCACGGCAACGGAGGCAGAAGAAAAAUGAUCGUUUUGGUUGCUGCUGACUUUCUUCCGGGGUAUGCGGCGGCUCUGUUGUUUUCGGCAAGGAAAAAGCGGAGCAUCACAUAACAGCAGCCAGAGGAGUUCAUUUGCCGAGAGAAAGAUAGGAUCUAACUAUUCGUGUUUCGGUUCCGCAUUGUCAAGUUUUCCGAGGGGAUUUUUCAUCAUGUAGCCCCUAGACCAGUCGGCGUGCUGGCAUCGCAAUUGUAUUCUUGUGCUCAUCAUCAUCGUUGACUUGGUCGCUGCUAUUUCCUUCAUAGCUGGGCGGGGGAGACGAGGGAGAGAAAAAUGACUUGAAACAACAAAGAACUCGACUCGAAAAGUUGCUGCUGGAAAAAGAUCAAAUUGUGUUUGGUAUACGCCGAGAAGAAGAGAAAACGAAAACAAACUCACGACUAAUCAUUUAAUGGGAGGAGAUGAGACCCCAAAAGAGUUGGGUAGAGGGAGGUUCGUCCCGCGGGAGUGGUCCCGAAAAAGAAAAAAAUCCCAAAAAAAGAAAAGAUGAAAAUAGGAGGUGAAUCGAUGCAGAAAGAAUGCUGGUGGAAAGUAUUUGCACCAGUCGGGGUAGGUGAGUGUUUUAAUGAUAAGCAAGUUAUUUUGCUUUUAUUGUUUGUCUCUUUUAUUUUAUUUUAUUUUUUUUUUCUACCUUGGAAAAGUGGACCGCGCGAUGUUGUUGCGCACGUCGCCCAUUCAGUACCGAUGGGGAAUUGUAUUGGGUUUGACGGGAUGUGACGGCAUCCAUUCUUUUGGGCGAUUGUCUAUUGAGAUAUUGUUGGAAGACGACCCGAAUUUCGGAUUCUUCUUUUUCUAUCCUGUAGAGAGGGAAAACUGAAAAAUUGUUGUUUUCUUUCGUAUGACGUGGGGUGGAAGAAACCUUCGGAAAACACAUUCAACGGAAUGUAAUGUGAUAUUAGGGUCCCCAACUCUUGGCAUAUCCUCGAUUUCUUUUCUUUUUCUCACUCUCACACUCCCAUUAUCAUUAGGGUUUUCUUCAUUCAUCCCACUCUAGCGUUAUUUAGUGUACUCGUGUUGUCAUCUUUUUUCUAUUCUUCUGUUUGACUUUCUGCUGUCUCUUCCUUUCUCUCAUAUUUAUUUUUCUCGCUUUCAAUUGCCAUUUUUCAUUUCGAGGUGACACAAUGGUGAGCGCCAGUUUCUCCUUCUUUUAUUCCCUUCGCUGAAAAAGAAGAAUUUUUGAAAAGAAGUUGUAAUAAUGGAAAGAAAUCGUUCUGCGUCGUUUUCGUGUGGGCACACGCGUUGCCUAUCCAAUUGGCUGCGCUCCGGAGAUUCCGGAUGUGCCAAAAAACACACAAACGCGCGUUAUGUAUGCGGUGACGUGUUUCGCUCAAUCGACUGCAAUUCAUCGAAGAAUGUUUCCAGUAUCAAACCAAAUGAAUUCAAUCAAUAUGCUGGGCAUAUUGUAUGGAAGGAAAUGGAAUUUUAAAUGGAAAACUCUCGCGUGUUCCUCGUACAUUAUAGUAUACCCCCUUUAAAGAAAAUAUGGUCAGCCCCCAUGUAAAACGGCCUGACAUAUUUUGUUUUUCCGAAUAAAAGAGUAGAGGGUGGUGGAGAGGGUUGGUUAAGAAAAAGGAAAGAUUCACUCCACCACCUCAUUUUUUUUGUAUUUUUUCUUUGUGCCCAAAGAAGUGGAAGGUGGAGGAGGUUCUCGACUUUGGAAUGGUAAGAGGGCGGGGCCUUCUUGUAGCACACUGUGGCAUUCGGGCUCGUGUGUGUGUGUUAAGAAAAAAUUUUUUUCUCUCUCUUCGGUCUGUAACUUUGGUUUGCCUUUACCUAACCUAUUCCUCCUCCUCUUUUCCCCCCUUCUUCGCUCCCCCACCUUUGGAUUCCUCAACCACCUCUGAGACAACAAGAAAGUGGAAGUUUAAGGCAGGAGGAGUGAGUAGUACCCCCCCUUUAGGGGAAGAAGAAAACGAGUCAAAAGUAGCCGAGCCGUCCGACUGGGCUAGCAGUUGUAUGUUGGUCGCCGUUCAUUCAAGACUGUCAUCGGUUUGUGUCGUUAAAUUCCUUCUUUUAACCCGUUACAGCUGAUGCUCGGUCACGAUAGACUUCUCGUCGGCCAAAACAGGAGUUGAGAGAGAUAAAAACCACCGUCCAGCAAGAGAACUUGAAUCUUCUGUUAGUUUGUCUUUCUUUCCUGGGUUAUUGAACUCAUCUUACCCCAGUCCGAGCCAUUUAUUUAAUUUCGCGUGACCUUUUCAAGUGUGUGUUUGUGUAUCAUCUGCUGCUGCUGUUUGUCAAGUGACGAUCCACAGACAUUCCUUCACCAGUCCACGACUGACUGGUCAAAGUACAGCCGGAACGACGAAAAAAUGGCGCCUAUUCAUCAGCGGAUGGACAGGUAUCACGACCUGCCACCUCCGCCGCCGAUUCCGCUCAAGUUGAAGCCGAAAACGUUGAAGAAAUUGUCGCAACAGGCAGCCAGAGGACAGCCGCUCUACUUGAUUGUCGGUCCUCAUGCUGCGGCCGCUGCAGCUCCGCGGCCCAUGGGCGGAUCGAUGCAUCCGCCGCCAUUGCCACCCCAUCCGCCUCACGCAGGACAUCAUAAUCAGCAUCCAUCGCGUAACUUUGCCGUUGUUCAUCCGCGAAUCGAACGUCAGCAGAGAAUGCCGGGAAUGCCUGGACCAGCCAACAGCGUCGGAACGGCCGCGUCCGGCAGUGACUCGAUGAAAAGUAUGAGUUUUUCUUCCGCCCAAGGCAUGAUGGACAGCCAGAACCGAUUUCGUCCCGACAACUUCAACCUGCGCCUACGCGCCCAUCAGCAACUGUUCCCAUGGAACCCACACAAUCAGAGCAAUCAGAGCCACAGCAGCAAAAGUUCGGCCAAUUGGGUGAGGCAUUUGACCAGCGACGACGACGUCGAAGAAGAAGAAGAAGAGGAGGAAGAAGAAGAGGAAAUCAGCGCCGCUAAUCGUAAUAACAAUAAAGUAGACACCAUCUCCUCUUUGGAUGCUGUGACUCCAAGGGCCAGCAGCGGUGUCCGACCCGAAUACCAGCUUGGCCCAUCCGACCGCAACGCCCGCCUCGUCGGAGAGAUUCAAUUGAGCUCACGGGUGGCCUCCAUGACCAUAGCCGAUGUCAGCCCUCGAUUUGCCUUCAAGAAAAUUAUGAUGCUGUCAGAUAACAAGCAGUACCGCGAAUCUGCCAAUUUUAUUAACCGACUAAGUGGUGGCACGUUCGGCGUCAUCGUUCACGACUUGCCCGUCGAUCAGUUCAUCGAGGCCAUGCCGCAAUCGCUGCCCAUCGUCGAGUCUCUGUACACUAAAGUGUUUCUGUCGGACGGAAUGACUCGCAACUCUAUCCAGUUUCUCCGUCCGGAGAACGUCGUCCAGCAGAUGGUCAAGUAUUUCGCUCACCAGGAAGAUCAUCCACCUGCACCCAAUGCAGGAUCAGCGACCGGUUGGCCGCCAAAUGUCUGGCGUUGGGACUACUGCGGUCCGUUCAUCUCCAGCUGCAAGAAAUUAUUGCGCGUCAUCGUCCUCACCGAGCCCAAGAUCCGCAAAAGUCUGUUCCAGAAGCGCCGGGCUCUGAGCAAAGCCAUCGAGGGCUUGGGCCAGCACGGACUCGUUGGCACUUCGGACGAGAAUCUCAUGAAUUUACACGAUGCCUUACAGGACGAGUUCAAUCGUGUGGUGCAAUCGUACAAGAGUGCCCUGGACAAGAUGGUAGAACUGGAAUUGGCGCAGAAGAAAGGCGCAAACCGGACGGUAUCAAACGGGCCGGCUCCUAUCGCCGCCUCGCAUCAGCGCCUUUUGUCGCUGAAGCAAUCGGAAAUCCAGGAGCGACUCAUUAAAAACAAGACGCUGCUGAAUGUCGUCGAGCCGACUUUGACCAACCACUCGCUGGACCUCUUCCUGGGCAUCCUACAGCGACGCAUCGAACUCGACAAGGAAGCCCUGUUCCAGUUCAGCCAGCUGAAACGUGACCAGCCCACCAAACCGGGCGAAACCACUCCGCACAUCGUCAUCGCUCCCAUCCUGAUGAAAUACUCGCACGGAUGCCAACAGGUUUUGGAUCUGAUGAGAGAAGUGAGUUCGGAUCAGGGCCACCAAGAUGAAGAUUUGGAAGAUUCCAGCGACGUUUCGGGCUAUCAUUCGGACUCUGAUUCGGCGGUGAUGAUGUCGGGCAAUUCACCUUUCGUAUCAAACAGCGCCCGCUACAAUUUCCUUUCGCGAUCAGUUCGGUUGGGGAGCCGUGCGAGCAUCCGGGCGUCGUUGCUCGUCAAUUCGCUGGGAUUGGAAGCGGUCGAGAUCAAAGGGCAGAACGGUCAGGGCCAAGGCCAAUCCAGAAACGGCCGACGAAUGCUGAUGGCUAAAGCUAAAAACUCGUCUUCAAUGUCAUCGUCGACGGGCUCGAAUUCGCCCAGCAGCGAACGGGAGAUCGACUACCGUUCGAGUGGAAUUUCAUCUGGAACCGGAUCGCCCGAUUCCCGGCAGGCUCUUGCGAAAGAUGGAGGUCGUCUGACCACUACCACCACGACGACUACGACUACGACUCCUCCGUGUCAGCGGUGCCAAGUUCAGAAUUUGAAUAACACAAUCGUCGGCACCCAUGGCGUCGACCCGGGACUGCAGGCCGAAUUGGAAUCCAUCAAAGCCGAGAUGAACAAGGCUAAUGCAACGAUAUGCGCCCUUCAGGAACGCGAGAAGAAAAUGAAAGCCAGCAGGAUGGCAAUCCAAGCCCAGAAGAUGGUGGAACGUGGUGUGGGACCCAGCAAAUUCGAAUCGACUUCGACCGAGCAGCGAUCUGAGCUGAUUCAAAAUUACGGCGGGCUGUACACUCAGUCGCGCGUCGAAACGCUCGAUUACCUCGACAAAUUGGAAGAGCUUCGCGGCGCUGAUGAGCUCAAAUCCAAGCUGCUUUUCUCCGUCAUUGUGUUGGCGUUCCGUUCCUUGCAAGCUACAUCGACCCAAAUGAAGGAUCACAUCAAGAGAAUCUUGCAGAUUCCGCCGGGCUCGACGCAUCAGCCCAUGAAUAAUAACAGCGCCCUAUAUCUGCCGCCACCUCCUCCACCGCCGCCGUCAAUGUUGACUGCGCCAUCGCAUAAUAAACGCCAGAUCACGCCGCCCGCUAAGCCGACCAAGCCGGCCAAACCAUUGCGCAAAGAGCGCAAUCCUGGAUUUGAGGUGGAACAAGCCGUGGCUUAUUAUCUGAGAGAGUCUGUCGCUACGUUUGAUCUGACCAAAAACACAGAGGAUGUUUGCAAUCAAAUCUGGGCAACUUUGUACGAUUAUCCUUGCCUUCGCUCUUGCGACCCGCUGGUCAAAUACAUCAAGGACUCGGUCCGUCUGGCUUGGUCCCUUGUUAAUCAGUCACCUCCAUAUGUGCUUGACUACGAGGCCAGAAGUUUCAAUGCCGACUAUCACAUCCGUUUCCAUACUUCCGAUCCCAACGACAAUUCCAUCAAGACCUACCUGUGGCCAGCGCUGGUCGAAGGCCACAACGGACCAUGCCUCCAGAAGGCCGUAGUUAUCACCUAAACGAUAACAGCAGAUUAGACAAGGUGCCCAAAACCUGCUGAAACGAAAUUUGUAACUUGACAAGUUGGAACUUUUGCCCGCCUUCUACCCGCAUCUAACUAUAUAGUAUAUAAUUACUACGUCUUUCCUUCUAUCUAUGGAUAACCUUGAUGUGUCGGAUUCUGAUACUGUAUAUCUUUUUGUUUUUCUUAAUUAUGUAUACUUUUUACAUUUAAAAUAUUUUUCUUAUUAUGCUCGAUCCAUCAUUUUACGUUUUUAAAUUUUUACUAUUCAUCAUAAUAUCAUCAGUCAGUCUGGAUAGCGGGAUUGAUUCUGUAACAAUUUAUCCCAUUUUUUCUAAACCAACUAUUUUAUUACGUGAUUGUAAUCAAAAUUCCACUGUAAUCAACGAAAUUAUUUCUUCUUCCUCUACCCGUGAAAUGACGAUUGAUCACGAAAUCUGAUGGGCAAUCCAGAUUGGCUUCUUGACGUCAACCAGGAACAUUUACAACAAGAUGCCCCUUUUGGGGCUCUUUAUUUGUUUUUUAAUUAUUUUUCUAAGCAGGUAAUUCCCCCGUUUUAUACAUACAAAAAAAAAAAAAAAAAAAAAAAAACAUUAUUAAUUUUAUAUAACGCAUUUGUAUCAAACCAAGUUUCUCGUCUUAUUAUAUCUUGGCGCUGUUGAAUGUAAUACAAAAGCUCCUUAUUGUA